AGUACGGUUUAGGUGUUCGCAGAGUUUGGUUUAAAGUUUUAAGUGCGCGCUUUCCAGCCAAAUCAAGUCAAAAACGUUGUGACCGUUGAAUGGUUGUGUAUGGAAUAACUAAGAGCGAAAUCGCUUGGAAUUAAAAAAAAGUUUUUAACAAGAUUUUAUCACUAAACGUUGAAAGAGAAUACAAGGGUCGAAGGACCUGAAAAUUAAAGUGCUAACAAUAUGUAUAAAAUAAGCGAUAUGAGGAUUUUUACAUUUUUGGGUUUCGUAAGCUUUUGCUUAUUUCUACAAACAAACGCCUCAUUUCCAUAUUAUGGCACAAAAAUAGGAGCUCUUAAACGCCUACACCAUGGUGUAUCUGGUGAUGUGUAUGCCGUAGAUUCGCGUACCUUAUUUAUUAAAAAUUUUAACUACGACGGUGAAGCACCAGCCGCCUAUUUUUAUGUGGGACACACAAAUAAGCCCAGCAACGAAGGGGCAUACCGCUUGCGUGACGAACGUGGUGGAAAUACAGCUCUGACACGUCGUUAUCGCAAUAAGCACAUAACACUUUCGUUGCCAGAUGGCAAAACGCUGCGUGACAUUAAAUGGUUUUCGGUCUGGUGUGAUGAAUUCGCUGUUAAUUUUGGUGAUGUCUCAAUACCAAGCAAUUUGGACUUUCCCAGACCACAAAAAAUUAAUGCAUUGAAAGGUGUGCAUGGUGUCGGUUCCGACAGUAUUGUCAUCGUUGAUGCACAAACAUUGCUAGUUCCCAAUUUCAGUUAUGAUGGCGAAGCACCAGAUGCUAAAUUUUGGGUUGGUCGUGGUCAGCGUCCAACUCCACAAGGUCUUCGCAUACCUGACGAGAAUGGAAAAGAAGAUCCAUUACGACGAUAUGAUAGAAAAACUAUUGUUCUUACAUUACCCGGAGAUCUCACCAUUUUCGAUAUUGGCCACUUUGGUGUUUGGUGUGAAGCUUUCACGGUUGAUUUCGGCCAUGUGCGUGUACCCGAAGGCCUUAAUGUGCCACCUUCAUUGAAAAUGCUCGGCAUAAGUCCACAGUCAAAGCUGAAUUGUGAAGUUUUGUAUGAUGACUUGGCGUUCGAAGUCCGUUGGGCUGUAGCUGGAGAGAGCAUCGUUAUACAAUUAGUGGCCAAAUUGGCCGAAAAUGAGUACAUGAGCUUUGGUAUUUCACCAAAUAAGGAUCGCACUCAGAUGAUUGGUUCCGAUGUAGCUGUUGCUUGGGUAGACAAGGCUACAGGAAAGGGCUUUGCUCAGGAUUACUUCUUAGAUGAUAAGUCACAAUGUUCGGGUGGGCGAGGAUCCUGCCCCGAUGUCAACAUCGAGGAAAACACCAAUUCCUUGCGAUUAUUAAAUGCUGCAAUGGUGAAUGGAUAUUCAAUCGUAACUUAUCAACGUUCAUUACAAGCUACUGACAGAUUAGAUCUUCCAAUUUCAAUAAAUGGUUCUGAAGCUAUUGUAUGGGCUAUUGGUCCGUUGAAUGAACGUAAGGAAACCUCGUUCCAUAGUCAUUACACCAAACAGACGCAUAAAAUUGAUUUUGGACGUCAGCCUACAUGGAAUUGUCCCAUGCCAGAAGCUACCAAAUCGAGUUCCUCAUCCGACGAGAGUGAAGAAGAGCAAGACACUAAACAAGAUACACUAGGUGAAGGAUAUCCGCCAGCCAGCACGCCUUCUUUAAAUAAUGACCGUUGGAAAAAUGAAGAAGAAGAAGAGUUUUAUGAUAACCGCCCACAAAACUUGCAACGUCCAAACACUCGUAGAGAAUCACAAGCCGCAUCCCAACAGGCACGACCAGUUCCAACUCCAAAGCCUUCUAACACCAAUGGAGCAUGGGAUAUUCCAGCUAUACAGUGCUACGAACCAGAGGAUGGUGUUUUUUAUGCACAAAUGGGUCCAACGGGUGGUAAGCAUGGCUAUCCUGCAAUAACUGGGCACGUUGGGUGGGGCAUAUCGUGGUAUAUUAAUGGCUUAUUAAUACCAGAAAUACACGUCGUGAGAGGUAAGACAUAUACCUUCGUUGUUGAAGGCGGUAAUAAUCCAGAUAUUCCCGCUAAAUAUCAUCCGUUUUAUAUAACCGACGACCCUGUCGGUGGUUACGAGCACAAACGUGAAGAAGAGAAAAAGUCAAUUCGAAUUUUCGCGGGUGUACAUCGCGCACGAUCUGGUCAGCUUACGCCUACAGGCGUCGGUCGCCUUUGUAAUUGGACGCCAGAUGUUGAUGGACCUUCAGCAGAUGACUAUCAAUCAUUUGGAGCGUAUCAGCGUACUUUAACUCUCAAAUGCGAUCCUGGUGAACCUGAGGUUAUUACGUGGAAGCCAGACCAUAAUACACCCGAUACAGUUUAUUACCAUUGCUUUACACAUCGAUACCUCGGUUGGAAGAUUCACGUACAUGACACUUGUGAUAAAGCUGCUACUGCUGCAUCUGAAAAACAUGAAGUUCUAUUGCCUGCACCUACUGCUGAUGAUGAGGACAUAACAGCCGAAUCUUCGAUUCGCCAUGAAACUAAGGUCAGCCCCAACGUUAAUUUUUUAUUGAUGCACCAAACAGAUUUAAUUAAGAAUCACAAUAUGAAUGGAACUCCGCCAAAAUUAAAUUUUGAAAUAACAAAAUCAUCGGAAAUUACUAAACUGAUUUCAGAUGGAAUCCGCGCUGCUGAGGCUCUCGAGGAGAGUAUCGUAAGGAAUCGGAGUGAAAGUGGCAACUUAAGCAAUAAUAGUGACAACAGUGUUGGAUCACCAGGUGCCAAUCUAAUCAAUAAUCAAUACAACUACCCCUUAAACAAAGUCCCGUCCACAAAUGUGAAGCCAAACACAGUCGCAAUUGGUUUACUCAAAAUACCGCCAUCUUCCGGAAAAUUACCGCUUCAGCCUUACAUCUCCACAGCAACUCCUGAAAUAUUACAUGGUGAAACACAACUACAUAAUCAACCAAGUUUCAUUAGUUUUAAUCCACAUUCGCUAUCUCAUAACCAAUCACCUCCAUCUCAUAUAUUACAUGCAUUGUCAUCUCAUUUAUAUCAUCAUCCAAAUAAUUUUACAAAUCUUCCAACACAGUCACAAAAAACAAUAGGACUCUCGGAAUAUUUGCGACCACCGCAAAACGCUCCACUUUUCCAUCCAGUAAAACUACCAGGUAGACGCCCAUACCCUGCUCCACUUAAAAAGGUACCAACGCCAAAGCCUGUGCUUCCCCAAUAUUUACCACGAAAUCCAAUUAAACAACAGCAACUAAUGGCUGCUGUACCACAAUCCUCAUUAAUUAUAAGUCACUACAGAAAACCUCCAAUACCAGGUUUAAUGAAACCACUUUUAAAAGACAAACCGUUUUUUGCGGAUAAACCUUUGAUACGCACACCAGUUCUUCUACUUGGUCAAUAUACUGAAUUAGUAAGCCAACGAAAAGCUGAAACUGCCAAUGUAAAACCUAUUAUACCAGUUCCUUACAGUGAUUUAAUCCCACAGGACUCACAACACAAUAAUGUUUUUGCACAAAAUACAAACAUUUUAAAAAAAGAACCAGUAUACCUCAACCAACCAUCUAGCCAUAGCAAUGAAAACUUAAAUUCCGUAACUAAUUUUCCUGUCAAUAAGCCAAAUAAUGCAUUUAAAAAACCUUUUGAUGUACAUGAAGUUAAAGAAAACCCCUCAUCGGUAGAAAUAGCCACAAUGAAACCAGCAGUAAACAAUGGUUUCCAGCCUGAUUCAGUAGUCGUUGAAAGUGGUUUUCGCCCGAUUAUUAACAAAGAUAUUGUCCUACCUGAGGGAGUAGAUCAAAUUGCACAUCGUCGUGAAGAUCCUGGCUCUGAAAUUGAUGAAGUUAUGGAAACAGAUACAUUGUUCUUAUCAGCACAAAAUGAGGCCCAAACCCAAAAUUUUGAGCCCAUGUUCAUUCCAUCACCACCCGACAGCACAAAUGAGACAAUUGUAAUCACAAAACUCGGUUCCCCUUCAAUAAAGCACACUGAUCUCUUUCAUAAUGUUAUUUCCGAUGAUAUGCCGUCCGCUGAACAUUUGCGAAAUGCAACCUUCAACGAAUUAAAAGAAAAUAAUAAGGAAAAGAAUGACGAUUAUAAGGAAUUUGAGAAAAAUGAAGAAAUAGAUUUAAGUAUCAGUGCAACAAAUAGAAGCGAAAACGACCAAGAUAAUAUUGCAAUUGCGACAGAUAACGAAACGAAAACUGAUUUAGGUCCCAACACGAGUCACGAACAAUUACAAAUAAAUAUUGAAGAAACAGAAGAAGAUGAAGAUGAAGAUGAAGAAGACAAAGAAGCACAGGCUGCUGAACGGAUCGAUACAUAUUAUUUACCUCCAGACAACAGAAAAAUACCAGAUACAAACAGCGGUGCUGUAAUAACUUUUGAUGGGAAAGCCCUAAUCGACAGCUCUUUAGUAUUACCACCAAAGUUGGAUGCUCGAGAAAUUAAUUCAAAUAUCCGCAAACAGCAUGGCCUUUCAAAACUUGAACAACUUGUACGUUACACGCCUCAAUUUGGACCAUUUCGAGGUGAACAACCACCGUCGAUAUCAGAAUUUCUUUCAACGACAGCAUCAUCAUACUCACCCCAAUUGCUAUCAUCGACUCGACCCAUUGCUACAAAAUUACAUCUUGUAAAAAAUGUCUCGUAAUAGAUUCAAUUAUCGUACCUUAGCUUCAUUGAUAGUUAAACUUAUUAUUACAAUAAGUUUUAGAUAGAAAUUUUACAUAAUUUUAUUUUAAGAUGAAAUUAACGGAUUUCAAAGGACGAGUUUUCUGUAGUAUGUACAUUUAUUAUAUUAUGUUUUAUUAUAAUAUCUCUUAAUUCUUUAAA